GUUAGAUAGGUCACGCUAGGUACUUCUUAACUCAGAUUCGAAGCCAAAUAAAUUAUCCAGUUUUUUUUCUAUUAGUAGUAUGACAUUCACGUUCAUCAAUCACAGGCCUUGUACAGACAGACAAUGCGCGACUCUUGCUGUGUAAUUGCUCUACCAGCUACUAGGUUUUUAACCUGUCUGGUUGUUUCUUCUCAUAUCAAUCACUGACAGGGGUCUUUGUAACCAUCCACACUCUCCCUGCGUUUCUUUCCAUCUCUCAGUGGGCGGGCGUAGGGUGUGUGGGCCUGCACUUGGUGGGUUGCUGGAUGAGAGACACAGGCCUGACCUUACCUUGUGGGCGUGAGUCCUAUCGUGAGUCCUAUCUAGCAUACUGAUAGUAGGUUACAGUUCUACCGACAUGUCUAGCAUUAUCACCUGAGUUUAAAGACAAGUCUGGGGCUCACAUGUGGUGAAAAUUCUGGUCGCUGCUAACUCAGGCUGUUCUUCGCACACACACACAGAGAGAGAGAGAGAGAGAGAGAGAGAGAGAGAGAGAGAGAGAGAGAGAGAGAGAGAGAGAGAGAGAGAGAGCGAGGGAUCGAGGUGGCAUUUCAUGUUGAGAAUCCUGUGCAGGUUGAAAUUAUACAUCACCUAGCAUCAAAGAAGUCACUGCCAUAGUGUUGAUCUAUCAAAGAACUAAUCAUCGUUAAUUACCAGAUAGUCAGCCGUUUGAUUAAGCUCUUUGCACCUGUCGAUUCUUCUGAAGAAUCUGAACCCAUCACCCUCUCUCCCUCCCCAUCUCUCCUUUCCAAAACUUGUCAGUUACUUUCUGAUUACCUGUGAUUAUACACUUGAAUAACUCAUGAUUUGAUGUGAACAUACAUAUUGUGCUUCACGUACUCGACUCCCCUUCCUGUUCGAUCAGGCUGCAAUUCUGUUCGAUUAGGAUGACAUUGUCUGCAGACUAACCAUCUUGUACUGCUGAAUAACUCGGUUGCGCGAUCAAUUAUACAACUCAUCAUAACGCAGACAUUCGUUGUUAGAUGACCCCGAUGCAAUGCAGUAGCUAUAGCUUGGAUACAAUAUAAUAUUACCGGGCAGCUCUGUUUGACUAUAUAUUUUAUAUAUAUAUAUAAAAUAUUAUACCGAACGAUCAGGUACGAAGUGGGUGAGAAAAUCAUUAAGAGCAAGUACUCUAGGGAGACGGUGGACAAAUAUAUAUAUACAGACUGUAAUUUAUUGUGGUUAUUUCAAGAUGAAGGAGGCGGUUUUCGGCAAUUUCGGUGGUACUACCCUUCCACGGUCUCCAUUGAAGAGAAACCCUACUCCCCCAUCCAUAACCUCCCUGAAUCACCCGGCGCGCAGUACGCCAUCUCGUCCCCCGGAGGCCCCUCCUCAUCUCCCCCUCCAUGUCGCCGCCUCCACGUGGCUGCUGACGAGGCCAAAUGUGAUGCGCAUGUUGUUGGGCAUCCAGAUGCUCCUGCUGGUGCUGGGAGUCGCGUGGUAUUCUCUGCAUCGGAUGGAGGCAAUUCAUCAUGCAGAGAGAGAGGCGCGUGCAGAGAUGUCAGGUGAUUCCCCUCCUCAGGAGAUGGGAGCGGCAAUGCCAGCAAGCGCAGGAGCACGUGACUUUCCUCCUCCUCCUCCCCCUCCUCCCCCUCCUCAUCCUCUUCAUCAUCAUCAUCAUCGUCACGUGAACUCGAGGCCGACGAUGCUUCUUCGGAAAAAUGGGCGGGACGCUUCUCCUGACCAAUCAAGGCCACCAUCGUCAUCGUCAUCGUCAUGGCCAAUCACUCUUGACAUAGAUUCGCGUUUUCGACAGGAAAUGCCUCCAUCGGUUCUCGGGGGCAAUGGUGGAGGGAAGGACGGGCUGAAAUGGCACAUCUGCACGGUGCCGGCAGUGUCUACGCGCAGGGAGAAUGGAGUGAUGUAUCACGGCCUGUUCGUGCAAUCUCGUCCGUCCGAUUACCCCUCCCGCACCCUGACUACUACGAGUAAUGGCAAUCCGAGGGGUCAUCGCUCAGAAGGGCAUCGCAAGGGUGCCAAAAGUCGUGCGAAGAAGUUCCCCACCAUGAAAAAGUACUUGCUUGGGCGAAAGAGGGGGUUGUCCCUGGAUUGCAAAGGAGCCCCUUACACAUGUUACGCUGAUGGGGGGGGCGGGGGGGGGAAUGACACCCGGCAAGAACAGCAGUCGAAUAGUCUUUCCGUAAGAGCUCUCAUUUUUGAUGGGCAUAAGGCGUCGGUGUUUGCUGCGCGCAAUCUGUCCUGCGAGUGGCCGACGAAAGAACGAACGAAGUUGGACGUGAUUGAUAGCGAUCGAUUCGGGAUUAUGCACUGCACUCCACCGGCAAUGACAGAGAGGAAGCACGAUGAUCAUGAAGGGGCAAAAUCCAAAGGUGGGAUUUUUGACCUCUCCUCCUACUCCUCCUCCUCCUCCUCCUCUUCCUUAUCCUCCUCCUCUUCCUUAUCCUCAUCAUCAUCAUCAACGGCGGCGGCGGCGGCGGGCGCACUAUGGAGCCACAAUCGUCUAGGAGGUCGAUGCAUCAACGUCGUAGAUAACAACGAUACGGCGUAUUCGUUGAAGUUCUGUGAGCCGUUCGUGCUCUUCCCGCCACCCAAACAUAAGAAGUACGGCGUUUCCAUCUGCAUGAAAACGCGGGAUCAAAGCAUUCACAUCGGAGAGUGGAUUGCUUAUCACAUCCUGCAUGGGGUGGAACACUUUUUCCUUUACGACAACGAAAGCCAGGAGGAGUUACUUACAGUGCUGCGCCCUUUCGUGGCCAUGGGAAUGGUGACGUACGUUUGGUGGCCAGACACGGGCCGCAGACGGCAUCAGUCUGCUUAUGCGGAUUGCUUCUACCGAUUUCGAUCGCACAUGACACAUGGAUGGACGGGAGUGAUGGACAUAGACGAGUUUGUGGUGGUAGGGGCACCGCUAAUCAACGGAAGCAGCGGGGUGAAGGGAAAUGCAGCAGGGGAAUACCGCGAUGUAGAAGCGGGUAGAGGAGGAGGAGGAGGAGGAGAGGAGGGAGAACAUGAGAGUAAAGGAGCUGAAGGAGGCGGAGGGGAAGGGUCUCCAGAGGAGGAGAAGGUUAAGCCGUACGAUCCGAGUGAAUUCGGACGGCUGCUGGAUAGAUACGGGGCCGAUGAUCGUGUGUUUGGGGUGUUCUUACCAUAUGCCCUGUUCGGGUCAGGGGGAAAGCUGAGGCGGCCGGCCGAACUUGUCAUACAGAGCUACACCGAGAGGCAGCCACUCAUCACGACAGAUACUGUCUUUUCAAAGACGCGCAAACAGAAGCUGUACAAUGGCAAGAGCUUUGUCCGCGGCGGCUUGGUGUCCACUGUGGAGAACGCCCACCUUUUCUACUCUACGCGCGGAGAAACCGUACCUGUUGAUGGUGACGUAGCGCGCAUCAAUCACUACAGGAUGAAGAGCCUUCAGGACUACUUGGAACAAUCCAAGUGGUAUAAUGGGACAACCGAUGAUUACGUAAGAUAUUGGCGGAGUAUGAGUGACGAGUACUCGGGGCAGCAGGACGAUUUCAUCAUGCGCUUUGCUCCACGUUUGAGAGACUUUUUGCAGUCGAUUUGGCGUUUUGACGAGAGCAUAGGGAGAACGCUCAAGGAACUGGCGAAUGCCGAGGCUUUUCAUGACCCCCACGGGAAUUCACAGCACCUACGCGAGUACAGACAGGAUGCAAAGCAAGUAUUGACAGCUCUGCGCAGCAACAACACACUCCUGGCUCUCGUCUGUCUUCACGACAACGACAACAAUAGCGGCUAAGUUUCAACCUCGCUAGUAUUCUUAUAGCGGCUAAGUUUCAACCUCGCUAGUAUUCUUACUUCACAGCAGUUGUUGCCCCAACUUGGCCCCAAUGCAUGCGCAUGCUUCAGAGGCCUGGGAGUGUGUGAUGAGUGCGCACUUUGCUUGAGACUUGUGUAUACAUCGUGGUCUGUCAGAGGCCUGCGACGGUUUGUGAUCCGUGUGCAUUCAGCUGUGUAUACGCUAUGAUAUCAUAUCCUUCUGUCCCCACUCCAAAAGAGAGAGAGAGAGAGAGAGAGAGAGAGAGAGAGAGAGAGAGAGAGAGAGAGAGAGAGAGAGAGAGAGAGAGAGAGAGAGAGAGGAGGAGGUCUGUGCAUGUGUAUGCUGGUGUAGGCGGUGCAUGUUCUUUCUACUUCCUGUUUUGUUUUUGUUUUUUUUGUUGUUGAUUUAGUAUCCAUUUUUAGUCAUGUUGUAUGCCGUUGAUAUUUUUUGGCGCGUGUAUCUUGCCAACUUCGAGUAGAAGAUACUUGCCGUUGAUAUUUUUUGGCGCAGUUCGAGAUAUUUGGGGACUACCGGUAGUGAUGCAGGGAUGAUGGCCUAAGUCCUUCCAAGACGGGAAAGUGGGUUGAAUUCGUGAUUGAAGCAAUCAAUUCAGCAGGUGAGUGUGGUCCCCCCCCCGCCAGAAGUCGGCCAAUUAAGCAGCCACGUGUCGUUUGCGGAUGACGAGUGGACUUCAAAAAAAAAAGCGUGACACUGUUCGAACCGCACGAAGCAGCCACGUGUCGCCUGCCAGCACACGCGUCUGUCUGUGGGCAGACAACCGGACGAAGGCAUCAGAAGAGCCCCGGAUAGAGGAGGAGGAGGAGGAGGAAGAAAAGGAGAGGGAGGGAUCAACGUGAGAGAGGACACACGCGCGCAGCCAUGGAGUUCCACGAGUGCCAAAUCG